AUGGCGGCUAUUUCUUGGGCCUUCCUGCCGCCGGAGCUCCUCGAGCUCAUCUUCAGCCACCUGAGUUUCGUCGACGUUUGCCGCUGCAAAACCGUCUGCGUUUCAUGGUUUUUUUCGGCAACGGCAGCGCAUCUCAAGUUACUCCCCACUUUUCCUCCUCUGCUUUUGAUUCAUGGCGCCAACCGUUCUCCCAGCGAAAUUUUAGAUUUUUCAUCCCAAAAUCGACACCCAAUGUGUCUCCGUGAGACCUGGCAACGCUGGCUGUGCUGUUCCUCCGGCGGUUGGUUACUCAGCACCGAUCACUGGCGGCGCUGCUCCGACGUUCAACUCUUUAAUCCUUUCUCGAAAUCCGUCGUCGUCCUCCCUUCGCCAAAAAAUCUGCUUCGGCCGGAACUCGAGCCCAAAAUCGAGAGAUUCGCCUUCUCGUCGUCCCCGGCGGACCCCAAUUGCGUGAUUUUGGUAACUUUUUCACAUUUACUUGGGCAGGGCUGCCUGGCGUUUUGUCAUCCGGCGGAUGAUCGGUGGACGAGAGUCUAUUUUCCGCCUGAAUUUCCGUUCAGCGACGUCGUGUUCUACAAGGGCCAAUUUUAUCUCGUCGAUGCCAAAGGUAAUGUCUUCAUCUUCAAGCUCCAGCUUGGGUCGAGUGAUCCGGACGUUAUCCAUAUUGCAGACCCGCCGGAUUUCCACUUUGACGAAAAGUAUUUGGUAGAGUCGUCGUCCGGCGACUUCAUGCUGGUGCUGGCGACGCCGGCGAAACGUGAUUUUGAAGUGUUUAGGUUGGAUUUGGGGAAUGGUGCAUGGGACAGGGUGACGAGUUUGGGGGAUGAAGCUCUGUUUUUGGGUCAUCGGAGCGAGUCCGUAUCCGUUUCACUUGCGGGUUCAACAGGACCAUGCAAGGGAAAUUGCAUUUAUUACUUAGGUAGCCCUUGGAGCAACUAUGUGGACGCGUUGGAUUUCGGAUCCAAUAAUCCGAGCUGGCUCAAGUUUUUUGAUCAUCCCAUAUUUUGGAUCGCACCCAAAGUAAAGGAAAAGGACACCCGUUUUUCGAUUUGA